GUGAUACUACAGUGGUGCUGUAACCACCUUGCAGAGGUGUGACUGGCUGCUCCCUAUUCCAGGAUGGCGCUUGGAUCCGUUGCUCUACAUUUGUUCUUAUUCGUCCUGUACUUUGAUUCUACAAGAGCACUAACCAUUGAUCAGCUUGGUCCAACCACGUAUGAAAAGGCUCAAGGGGACAAAGUUACUUUGGAGUGCAAAUAUGAAUUAGGACCAGAUGAUACUGCAACAUUAGACAUAGAAUGGACUUUAGUGGCACCUGAUAGUAAGAAAGAAGAUACACUGAUCAUUUUGUUAAAUGGAGACAGAGUAUAUGAAAAAUAUGAAGAACUGAAAAAUAGAGUGCACUUUAUCUCAUCUGAUCCUAAUAGUUUGGAUGCAUCAAUAGAAAUUAUUAAUCUGAAAUCUACAGACACCGGAACAUACCAAUGCAAAGUAAAGAAGCUCCCUGGUACAGGAAUAAGGAAGUUUACAUUAUCUGUGUUUGAGAAACCUGCGAAAACAAGAUGUUAUGUUGAAGGUGCACAGGAAAUCGGAAAGGAUCUUAGUCUGAAAUGUAACUCAAAAGAAGGAACUUACCCCAUUACCUACAGCUGGCAAAAAGUCACCGGCCAAAAUAAGCUUCCACCAUUGUCGACGCUGGAUACAAAUUCUGGCGUUCUGACUGUGAAAAAUGCUUCGCAAGAGUACAGUGGUUUAUAUAAAUGUAUUGCGUCUAACCGAGUGGGCAGUGAAGAAUGCCUCGUCACUCUGAGUGUUGUUUCUCCCUCAAAUGUUGCUGGGAAAAUUGCUGGUGCAGUCAUAGGAACUUUACUUGGACUCAUACUUUUGGGACUUCUUAUCUUUUGUUGCUGCAAGAAACAGAAAGAGAAGAAAUAUGAAAAAGAAGUGGAACAUGAAAUCAAGGAAGAUGUUGCCCCACCCAAAAGUCGUGCUUCAACUGCCCGUAGUUACAUUGGGAGCAAUCAUUCUUCAUUGGGAUCAAUGUCUCCUUCAAACAUGGAAGGAUAUUCCAAGGCUCGGUACAAUCAAGUACCAAGUGAAGAAUAUGAACGUCCCCCAUUACAAACACCAAAUUUCGUAUCAUCCAAGGUAGCUGGUCCAAAUUUAAGUAGAAUGGGUGCUAUUCCAGUGAUGAUUCCAGCACAAAAUAAGGAUGGUUCAAUUGUGUAAAUGGGAUGAAACAUUUCUGUGCUUGUGUUUUCUACAGCUUCCUAAGGAUUAUAUCUGUCUCUUCUCCGUUGCCUUCCACACUUUUACACAACACUUAGUUUAGAACACAAUAACUUUUUGGACAAAUAUCUAAAUUUCAGGGUUGUGAAGUUUUUUUUAAUUUAUAUUUCAGAAUUUGAAUUUCAGAAAACCGUAAAGUACUUAAUAAAAAUAAAUUUGUUUACUGCUAUAUAGAAGAACAAAAGUGUCCAAGAGUUUUAUUGGAAUCACAUUUUUCUUUCCAAUUUUUCUAAGAUUUUUUUAAAUUUCCCUACUUGAGCACAGAUUAAUAAAUUCAAAUAACUGCAAGGUGUGUUCAGAUAGGGAUAAAACUAAAUCCUGACCCCGGCUACAAUCCGUUACUGGAAUAACUUACUCUGGUCCGUUGGCUUCCGUUCCUUGCAGUACUUUUUUUUUUCUUCUUGGACAUAAAAUAAUUGCACAGUGUAGAUUUUUUUUUUUAUUACUACAGUGCAAGAGGAUAUGGAGACUUCUGCAUAUGUCUGAUGGACUUUUAUUUUUAAUUCCAAAAACUGAUCAAUCUAGAAAUAUGCAUUUAUUUUUUGCUAGGCAUGUGCAUUAGUUUGUUGUUCUACGUUUGUUUCAUAAACAAUUGCCAAAUAUGUCAAAGUGCAACACACAAAAAUGUGCAAAAUCCUGAUGUGUGCAUUGCACUUUAACAAACUCAGCGCCCAUAUGAACUACUGAAUGCCAUUGCCACGGCCAUAUUUGCCAUUUGUUUGUAAAACGAAUGCCAAAUAACGAAUUAAUGCACUGCCUAUUUCCAUCAGAAUUAAAUGCAAGUCUGAGCAAAAAUAGUAAUAUGUUUAGAUGCCAGGUUUUUGACCCUACCCGCCAUAUUUUCCUAUUCUGAGUUUGUUCUAGUCCUUCUGUAAGUCUUUCCAUUAACUACACACACUAAUUAUGCUGAUUGAAACAAAUUUAUGUUGAUUAUACUGUCUGUAAAUUUACUAUAAAUGAAUUGUAAAUAGUUUUUUUUAAUAUUGUCCGGUUUCGUCAUGAUGUGAAAGAUGUGUUUUUCUGUUUUCUAUUGCUGUUCAUAACUUGUGUGCAGAAGAAUUUUAUCUCCCACCUUCCAAACCUGUGCCUUUUUAAAUAAUAUAUAUAUAUAUACUUACACACACACUGGAAUGUUUCUAUAACCAAACUAGUGCCUAAUUCCUGCUUUCCAAGGUGCUCUAGAUAUGAAGGCAAAAAACCUUUUCUUAUUCCAUCUGCAUUAAAAGGAUGUUGUAUGCACACACAAACUUGUUUUAAAAAUGUAAGUUUUUGAUGUUUUAUUCAUUCUGACAUUAAGUAAAUGAAAUUACAAAAGCUUUAUACGUACAAACGGGAACAGGCAGGAAAUACUUGCUUAGUUAUCCAUUGCUUAUUGGUUGAUAAGACAACUACAGCUUUAUUGGUACAGAGAACAUAUCUCCACAAGCACAGAAAAGGUAAAUUUAGAUUUAUUCAGCACAGUUACAACCCACAUUAUGGCUAAUGUUAACUGUCUAUGACCAUAACUUUAAUUUUUGCUUUGAUCAAUCUUACUUAAUUUCACCAGCGAAUCCCUUAUAUGAAAUGAUUUAAAUGUUGUACUGCUUAAAGGGACACUGAACCCAAAUUUUUUUAUUUUAUGAUUCAGAUAGAGCAUGCAAUUUUAAGCAACUUUCUAAUUUACUCCUAUUAUCAAUUUUUCUUUGUUCUCUUGCUAUGUUUAUUUGAAAAAAGAAGGAAUCUAAGCUAUUUGUUUGGUUCAGACCCUGGAAAGCAUUUGUUCAUUGGUGGAUGAAUUUAUCCACCAAUCAGCAAGAACAACCCAGGUUGUUCACCAAAAAUGGGCCGGCAUCUAAACUUACAUUCUUGCAUUUCAAAUAAAGAUACCAAGAGAAUGAAGAAAAUGUAAUAAUAGGAGUAAAUUAGA